AUGCGCAUACAACAGAACACCACCUUUCUGCUACCAAUCUACCUACUACUCCCGCUAUUUAGCGACUUCACCAUUGCCAAACCGAUCGAAUAUGUCCGCGCAACAAUCAACGGCAUCCGCAGCCUCGUCCGAGACGACCGCCAGCCAUCCCUCUACACAACCGACUACACAGACUGCCUCAGCAACAGCGCCAUAAACAUCACUCGCUUCGACGCAGCGUACUACAAAGACAACAUGACGAUCAUGUUCCAUCUACGCGGCGAGACGACACUACAAGACCACGUCAUGCUCAACAUUGCCGUCUUCGCAUACGGCGAGCCUCGUUUCUCACUCACCUUCAACCCGUGUGACGCGAAUAUCUGGAGCGCGUGUCCCGUUCGACCGGGAACUCCCAUCGAAGCCGCGGGUAUGAUACUGAUUAGCCCGGCCGAUGUAGCAGGGAUCCCGGAGGUGGCACUGGGUAUUCCGGACUUCGAGGGCCAGGCUGUUCUCCGGGUGUUUGCGAAUAAGACGGAAAGCGAGGUUGGGUUGUUUGCAGCGGGGAUUACGAAUGGGUGGACGUUUCGACGGCAGUACUGCGUUGGGACUGUUGUAGCUGUUUUCACGCUUGUAGCGAUUGCGGCGUCGUUUGCCACUGCUGCGUGUGGCGAUGAUGUGCUCGGUAUGCGGAGUCAUUAUGCGCAUUCCAUGUCGGUUUCUGUUGUGUUUUCCGUGUGGCAGUAUGUUUUCUACAGCGGGGCGCUUGAGAUGGAUUGGCCGAGUGUUCUGGUGGCUUUUUGGAGCAAUUAUGCUUGGGUGGGGGGAAUGAUAUACUAUGAGCCAAUGCAGAGUAUGAUUGAUAGGUUUGUCAGUGUGAAAGAGGGGAAUGGGGUACGGAAUCAUGUUGCUGGUGCGGCUCAAAACGAUCCGUAUAUUGGAGGAGUCUAUAUUCAUCGGAUAUAUGGACGAGAUACUCUACCUACCGAGCUCGGUUUCCAGAACACUGUCAACAAGCGUUACCUAACCGAUAUUAACGGCGGAUUCAAGUACUCCGGAAAGCAAGUCAAGCCUGAAUUACCACUUCCGGGCGACUACUCUGGGUUUGCAGGCACACUUGCGACGCAGCGAAUUCCAGUCCGCAAUGCCUUUCUGACCGAGCUCCUCUGGCUUCUGUUCUUAUCCGCAUGCGCCAUUAUCUCAAUUCUCUCUCUGAAAGCAAUCGUCGAGAUAUCGGUCAGUCUCCGCAUUAUACGCCAGAAUCGCCUCAAGUACUUUCGCCGUCACUAUCUUGCCUACAUUGUUGUAACAAUACUGCGCACCAUCUUCAUCAGCUUUUUCACGAUAAGUUUCCUCUGCAUAUACCAGUUUUCCUUGCCAGCGUCACCGGGAACCGUCGCUGUCACCUGCAUAGUCUUUGUAACUAUGGUGCUUGGACUCGGUAGCGUUGCUGCGUACGCUUGCUUCUCCAGGUUGCGUCUCAGAGGAUAUGUUUUCGAGCGAGACCAGAUCAACGAAUCGAAGCAUCAAAUAACUAAGGUGAUACCGUGGUGCAGCAUCUCGAUUCCGUGGUGGAGGAUACAUGCCACGACGGACUUGCCAUCGAUUCAUUCCGAUGAAGCGUAUACAGCAAGGUUUGGAUGGCUUGUAUCUCGCUAUCGAAAAAGUCGAUGGUGGUUCUUUGCCGUCUGGCUACUCUACGAGUUCUUCCGAGCUGGGUUUCUCGCUGGGGCUUCCAGUCAGCCUACUGUGCAGGUCUUUGGUCUACUGGCAAUCGAGACCAUUGCGUUCGUUACGUUUAUUCUCCUCCGGCCGUUUGAAGGACAACGUCUAAAUGUAAUAGCGAUAUAUCUCCUCGGCUUCAGCAAGGUUACUACAGCCGCGCUUUCUGCAGCGUUUGAUCCGCGCUUCAGUAUCGCCCGCAUUUCCGCGACAGUGAUUGGGAUCGUCAUCAUUGUUAUCCAGGGCCUUUUGACUAUUGCAGUCAUGAUACUCAUCUUCAUUGGCGCUGUUUCGAGCUACAUGUCGAUGUCACGAGACCGUACAGAAAUGAAGCCAAAGAUAAAGCAAGUAAAGCGUGUGGCCAAGAUCGAAGACGAAGACACCGAAUUCAUGGAGGAGAUCUCCCAGAUCCCUUACCCAUCCCCUCCAUUAUUAUCUCCAGAUCGCACUUUAGUCUCAGAUUCGCCGAGAUCUCUGCUACAGCGCAGCAGAACAGGCAGCUUCCAAUCACAAGCCUCAUACUCGAGCUUACUACCACGAGCAGCUCGCUUACAUCGUGCAAACUGGAGUGGGAACGACCUUAAUGACGCAACAGAAUCUAGACGCCACAGGGCUAUGAGUGAUACUAGACUUGCUCCCCGAUCAAGUGCAAGGCAUGUAGAGAAGCUCGAGGGAAAGCCAAGUCCCUGUGGGGCUUCGAUCAAGCGAUCGGAUACUCCCGCGCUCCUGUUGUAUUGGUAUGCAGACGGGGGUGGAAUGGAGCAUGUGGAGCAUGUGGCGCUGGAUUGA